GCUGAGGGGGCGUUCUCGAAGCCGGGGCGGUGAGGGGUGCGGGAAGGAGAAAGUGGGCGCGGCGUACUACGUGUCCCGUGAGUCUCCGCGGCGGGGCGGGGCCGCGGCGACGCAAGGAGCGGAGGCGGAGCUGGAGAUGGAAAGACAGGCAAUCCAGGGUUCCUUCUAAAGCCAGAAGAAGAAAGGACCCACCCACUCUAAAGAAAUAGAAAAUUGGACAAACUGGGAAAAAGCUUUAGCUUAUUUCUUUCCAGGAUUAAAUGCAUUUAUGGAAAAAGAACAACUGGAUGGUAAGAUAAUAGUAGAAUAUUGUAACACUGCAAUGGAUUCCUCAGCAGAAAACAAUAUGUAUGUAAACAAAGUGUGGGUUCAAUGUGAGAAUGAAAGCUGUUUGAAAUGGAGAUCAUUGUCAAGUGAGGACGCAGCCAAAGUUGAUCACAAUAAACCAUGGUACUGCUUCAUGAACACUGAUUCAAGAUAUAAUAAGUGCUCUAUUUCUGAAGAAGACUUCCCUGAAGAGGCUCAGCUUCAUGAAAGUGGAUUUAAGAUCAUCUAUUCACAGCUCCCUCUUGGAAGCCUGGUUUUGGUAAAAUUACAGAAUUGGCCAAGUUGGCCAGGGAUACUUUGCCCAGAUCCUUUUAAAGGGAAAUACGUGAUCUAUGACCUGGAUGGAAAUGUUGAACAAUAUCACAUAGAAUUCCUGGGUGAUCCCCAUUCAAGAUCAUGGAUAAAUGCAACAUUUGUUGGACAUUAUAGUAUCACAUUAAAGCCAGAAAAAUGUAAGAAAAAGAAAUGGUAUAAAAGUGCACUACAAGAAGCCUACUUCCUCUAUGGAUAUUCUCAUGAGCAAAGACUGGAAAUAUGCCGCCUAUCCAAACAGGAUAAAUCCAAGGCAGAUGGCAAAGUUGCUGUGGUAGCCAAGAAAAGGAUGCAAGUUUCCAAAAACACUACUGAAAAGAAGAAGCCAAACUUUAGAAGAAGGAAAAGGAAAGCUAUUUUUAAAUUCUCUUUUGAAAAUGUUUGUUCAGAUGAUGCCUUAUCGAAGGAAAACAUGGUUGUCUCUGAGACAGAGGCUAUGCUGAAAGAGCUGGAGCAAAUGCUGCAGCAGGCGCUAGAGCCAACCGCGGCCCCUGAUGAGUCCGAAGAGGAGCGGGAAGAGGAGUUACCUAAGUGCAACCCUGAAGUUCCAGCAGGCAGUCCAUUUGAAAACCACUAUGAAGAGGACUAUCUUGUAAUUGAUGGGAUAAAAUUAAAAGCUGGAGAAUGUAUUGAAAAUAUAACUAACAAAUUUAAAGAAAUAGAUGCUCUAAUGUCUGAAUUUUAGGGUAUUAUAAAUAUUUUCAAAAGUUAAUUAUAAGAACACUUACAUGUUUAUAUUUUCCCAAAGUCAAAAACUUGAAAAUAGGGAAAUAGGUAUAUGUUAUACCAAAGCUGAUAUUUAUAAUAACUUUCUAUUUUAUACUUUGAGAAUAGCCAUUGUUUUGAGAACCAAUCAAAUGGUACUUAAGUUAGUGUUAAAAAUUUAGGAUUUAAGAAGCCGUGAUACUUGUAUUUGUAGCUUUUUUUUCUUGUUUGCCUUAAUUUUAAAAUGGUUUAUAAACUUACUGCACAAACACAUGCUUUUUACAAUGAUUAUUUAGGCCCUUUAUUCAAAUGUGGCUAUUUAGAUGGCUGUCAAGGCUAUUAUAAUUCGUACAGAUAAUUCAAGUGUAGUAGAGACAGGAGAAUAUGUAUUGGUAGUGGAAUUAAGCUACUACAAAAGAAAAGGAAAUAAUAAAAAAGUAUUGUAUAAUAGAGUUGACGUUUUUCUCAGAGGUGUCAGUUGCCUUAUAUUGGGAAAUAAUCAUUUCAACCACGAUUCCCAAAACUGAUUAACAGAGUCUAGGGGGAGGUGGGGAGGCUGUGGAAGAUCAGAAUCCUGGAUGCUUCCCCACUGAUUCAGUAUCUCUGAAGGUGAGGAUGGGAAAAUGUGGUGAAAAAUAUAAAGAGAUAAAUUAAGCAUAUUCUCAAUAAAAAAAAUCCAUAAGCAUUAUAGGAAGGCAAAAAGUAUAUCAUUCAAUUCCACUCCCUUAACACCUCCCCUGCCACCCCAUCCUGUAGGGAUCCCCACGAACAGUUUUGGUGAGUGUCCUUCUACAUCGUGUUGCACACCCGUCUCUACUGCCCACACUUGCUCGCUUUCCAUGCCUAUCUCUCUCCAGGGAGUAUGGGGUCAGAGAAGGGGCAUUCCAAGCACAUGGAAACAGAAACCAAAGCUUGGAGAGAGAAGAAAGAGCAAUACAGCACCUUGGCCCUAUUGCUUGUUGAAUUAGCUAGAGUGACCAUGUGCUGGUGUGAAGGCCACCACAGCAGAUGAGCAGCACUGUGUAAACAGGCUAAGGAGUUUAUAACUGCAGGGGCCAAGUGGAGAGUUUUAGACAGCGGAAUCCCUUUUACAUUUCAGAAAGAUCACACCAGCAGCAGCACAGAGGUUGGAGUGAGCAGGAGUAACACUGGGGCCAGGGGCCCUGUUAGGAGGCGGCUUGGGAAUUCAGUUGCGAGAUUAUGAGAGCCUGAAUAUGGUGCUAUAUGAAGAGAGCGGAAUGGCUUCCAGCUACCUUAAUAUCAACGGAUUAUUAGGAUUUAGAGAUUGGAUAUGGAAAUGCAACAGUAGGGGGAGGUAGGAACAACUCCUGGGUUCUUGGUAUUCACAAUGCUGUGCACUGAAGGUCAGCAUACAUACAGAUUGGGGGCGCCUGGGUGGCUCAGUUGGUUAAGUGUCUGACUUCAGCUCAGGUCAUGAUCUCAGGGUCCUCAGAUUGAGCCCCACACUGGGCUCCGCGCUCAGUGGAAAGUCUGCUUCACCCUCUCUCUCUGCCCCUCCCCCACCUCGUACACACACUCUAAUAAAUAAAUAAAAUCUUUAAAAAAUCAAUACAUGCAUAUUAGAAAUGGAGGGCAGAUACCCAGUUUGGGCCAAAUUGUGUGAGUUCAGCAGAAGUUCUAACUAUUCAUGCUUUGACAGUGCCUGCCUUUCCAAACCACUCCACGAACCAGAGUGAUGAUGAAUAGUCUCUCAAUACAUCAUAUUUACUUCUCAGUGGUAUAAAACAGUGGAAGUUAAGGCUUCCUCUUUUUCUUCCAACAGAAUUUACUCCAUAGCAUUUCAGAAAAACUUUUCUUUUUUCUCUUGUCACUAUGAUUUUAUAUUCAUAAAUGUCUCAAGAAGUAAUUGAUCUCAUUUUCCUGUUACUUCUUAGAAUCAACUGUAAAAUGACUACGAUUGUAUCUGAAGGACUUGACCCACAAUUCAAGUGUUUGAUAUAAGCCCCCAUGUAGUAGACUAAUUAGAACACUUGCAGCUAAUUCCUCUUGGUGGAACAGCCAGUGCUCAUCCAAGUCAGAUUCUAUAGGUAAGAUACUGAAAUUUCCAGACUGAAUUCAUUUCUGCCACAUUCUAAGUUGUAGAAGUCUGGAAUUUCCACUGAAGUCUUUGUGCCCUUGAGCAGCUCAAAAUGGUUCUGAGAACAAACAUUUGGAUUGGCUCAGUAUGCAGAGGAGACUUCAAUCUCCUUCCAAGAACAGGCUCUUGGGGAAAAGGCCUCUUCCAAGAAGAGGACAGAGGGGAGCCUCUGUCCAUGUGAAAAUACAGACUUUCAAAUUUCCAGAUAGAAUGUGUUCAGGAAAACGGAUGAAGGAGCAGUCAACUAACAUCUCUAUCCUCAAAGCUGAGAAUCAUGCCUGGCUGGCAAACCCUUCCUACUGGUAAAUACUGCAUUUCCAGGGCGGGCAGGCCAGAUAACAUACACCAGGGCAGAGCAGUGGGACUGUGGAGACACAAUGCUGGCCUUCAGGUCCCAGUGCUUGUUGGGAGACCUGAGGCAAGUUUUUUAAUUUCUCUGAACCUAGGCUUUUUUCCACAGAAGUUGCUGUGUUAGAAAACAUAUAUAUAGAACAUAGGACAAUCAACACACAGAAAACUAUGCAAGUUAUGACCACGAUUGUUGUCUCAAAGCAUUUCUCUUCUGACAGCCUGUUUCUCCUAGGCCCAAUGGACUAACAUGCUUCUUUCAGUAGAACCUGAGGUGACAAACCUGCUUCUGGGGCACUGGGACCAAGGACUUAUAUGUGAUUAUGCUGACUCCUAAAGCAGGCCUAGAGGUGGACAACACCCUACUUUUAUAGCUAGAGCCUCUUGCUGGGCCCAGAGGAGGACAUCAUAAGGAAAUUAUAUUGCCCAUCCAGGGAGAUUAAAUUCUAAGUACACUAGUCAUACCAAGUUUGAUAUGGGAGGUAUAAGGCAAUAUGUCAGGACCUCCUGCCCAAACAUUUGGGUUGGAAUAAGAGCCCCUCUUUGUCUAGUUUGUGGAGUGGCUGACUGAUCCUCUUUGGAAUGAGUUGGGCCAAACCCACGUAGUAUACAGCCUCCAUGAACCUAUAGAAGGGCUGGGUCUGUUGGCAGCUGAGUCCCCAGUUAGAUCUACAGACUGUGGAGAGGUAAGCACCAAAGCCAGCUCUGUUGCCCUAUAUUCCAGGAAGUCCUGGUCCAUUUGCCCUAUGCUAAAAGUUGAAUUUAUGCAGGGAUUCCCAGAGGUAAGAAGCUUAGCUUUAUCUCUAGUGGAGACAGGCGAUACACUUUUGAUAGGUUAGCCUCUUGUUGCCACCAGUGGGAUAAAGAGGGGUGUGCACCCAUAUACUUGCAAAAGUCUAUAGUGUCUACAGCCUUGAACUCACUGGUUCUGCAGUGGAGGGUAAUGGGCCAUAGAUAGUUUAUACAUCCACUAAUAGAUUUAAGCACUAUCAUAAGCUUUAUAAAUCAGUCUAGAGCCUUUGUGGAGGAAAUUGGUGGUUAACUCUAAAAAGAGGAACCCUGGGGUGCCUGGGUGGCUCAGUCAGUUAAACAUCUGCCUUUGGCUCAGGUCAUGAUCUCAGGGUCCUGGGAUCGAGUCCCACAUUGGGCUCCCUGCUUAGCAGGGAGUCUGCUUCUGCUUCUCCCUCUGCCUGCCACUCCCCCUGUUUGUACUCUCUCUCUGUCAAAUAAAUAAAAUCUUUUUAAAAAUUUUUAAAAAGGAGGAACCUUUUAUUCAUGAACUUGAACUGAUCUGUGUCAUGCUUUUGAUGGAACCAAACCAUUCUAUCAUCUAAUGCUCUACCAAAUAACUGGUAUUCCAUGACUCCACUAUUUAUUGGGGCUAACAAAUGGUAUAGUUCUGUUCCACACACUUCCAGACUGGUAGAAUUUGCACCUGCGGCCCUUCCAAGGGACAAAGGUAAGAUUUUGAAAAUCCAAAAUAGAAAUAUCCAAAUCCUGUUCUCUUAUUUCUUCUCUAUGGUUCCAAGAAGAGAUCUAAACAUAGUACGAUUAAAAAAUUCUAAGUUCUUCUUUAGGGCUAAGCCAGAUCUUGCUAUCACUCAGUAGAGUUCUAGAAGAGUUGUUUCGUACAGAUAAAUUUGACCUUAAGGUUCAAGUGGAACAUUCUGUGUAUUCAAAUCUAAAUAUUAGGAUUUUUCCACCCACUGAUUUGUUGCAUGAUGUAAGCACGCAGAGCAGUGAGCAGCAUAAUCAAAUGAAAGGGCGGGGGAGCUAGGAGAAACUCGUUUGCCAAGAAAAAUUUUGAAAGCAUGAGCUGUUUGCUUUUAAAUAAAUGCAUAUAGGUAAAUACUACAAGAAAGGAGAUAUGCUCGGAACCAAAUAAAACACAGUUUGCAAGCAGCCCAGAAGUUGUUGGCUUAAAAAAUAAAGCUGUUUCUAAUCUUCAGCCUCUCCAGCCAGAAAAAGAUUCUCGAAUUUAGAUAUGGCCUGGGGACAAAGAUCAAGUCUAGGGUCUGGUUGUUGAAUCAUAGCAGGAGAGACAAAGACCAAAUCUAGGUGGCUUGCAGAAAAACAUGGCCUCAGGGUAAAGACCCAAUCAGGGGUGUGGCUAAUAACAUUACAAACUAUUACAAAGUGACUUUUAAACCUCCUAUGAAGCUUAAAGCAGAUGUGCCCAAAGUGCUAGUAAUUAAAUCGGGAGAGAAAAGCCUGUCUUGAAAAGAAUUGUGGCUUUGACACGUAGAAUGGACUGGAAUCAAAUAUAUAGAAAACCCACUAAGUUGUAGGGAAAAAAUGACUCUGCCUAAGUAGGUGUGAAGUAGUUGCUGAUCCAAGUUCUUUGUGUCUUCCUGCACUGCAUAAUUACCAUGGCUCUGUCACAGUCAGAGUGUACUUCCUGCCUUGUGACUUUGGCCUUGGCCUCUUGUUUGAUCAAUGAAACAGAGCUGGAGUGAUGGUACCAAUUUAUAGUCGAGGACUUAGGAGGCUUUGGGUGUUUCUUCUUUACCUCUUGUACCUCCGCCAUCGUCUUGAAAAGAACAUGCUCCGGCAAGCCCUCUAGUUCAGGAAGGAUGAAAGGCCAAGGAGAAGACCCAGGCCCAGAGACGUGCCAAAUGAAGCAGAGCUGCCCCAGGUGAUCUGUAGAUCCUGAAUAGAAAAAAAGUGUUUUGCUUUUAGCCACUGAGUUUUGGGGUGGUUUGUUACACAGCAUUAUUGUAGCAAUAGUUAACGAAUACACCUGAUUUCUUAGUUCCAGCAACAGUUUCACCAAUCAGCUCUGGUGGCGGCUUUCCAGCUGUAUCUGGCCCGUGGGAUGUUUUCUUCUCAGGAUGGAGCUACUAUCAAAAUAGCCCUGCCUCCUGGGAUGGACCCAGAGUGCUAGCGCAAGGCCUUGUGCCCAGUGACACUCCCAGCUUUUUUUGGAUCUGGUCCAGAUUGGCUCCUCAACUGGGGAGGCUUAGCCCAUUCCCUGCCCAGCUCACAGUGGUGAAUUUUAUUGUAAAGUGCCUCAGAUUGCUUUAUCAUGGAGGCAGCAUAUAUAUAGAUAUUAUAAGUAAAUAGGGUACCAACACCACCUAUCACUAAGGGUUCAUAAGAGUGGGUCACUUCUUCCUUUUAAGUAUUUUUAGACUCUCUAGUGUUUACAAAAGGUGAAGAUAUGCCCAUAAUGGUGGAAUGUCUCAUUUGGCAAAGAAGAGUAUGCAUAUAAUUCCAUCCCAUUUCUGGUCCUCAAGUCUUCCUUAGCCCUUUGGUAUGGUAUCAUAGGAUUUUAUGUUGCAAAAUCUAGUUUGGGGUCCAGAUUUUAUUAACUUGUCUAAGUCACAUGAGCAGUAGAUGGAAAGGCCAGAAUUUGAGUACAUUUCUGUCUGUUCCAGAUCCCAUGCCCUUGAUUACUAUCUAUACUGUUUCAUAAUCUGGUUACUAGGUGGGUGGUGGAUUGAGCAUCCAGUUUCCUCAUAUGUGAAAUGGGGAUGGAACUAUCUAAGCAAAAGUAUUGUUGUGAGGAAUAAAUGAGAUAUUUUAUGUGAAAGUGCUUUGUAAAUCAACUUUAUUUCCUCUCCUUUCUGAAGGAAACAGUAUGUGUUUAAGUACAUUGCAAUUAAUAAUUACUGGGCUAAAAUGUAAUUAUACAUUUGAAAUGAUCACUUACUUUUGUAUUACUCUAUUAGUCAUCAAUAUCAGAGUUCCUUUUUUCCUCUUUUUUAAAAUGAAUCUUUGGAAACUGAUGCUAGGGGCAUGUGAUCUUCUCUCUGAUGGGUGUGUUAAGAGCAAUGUCUAUCUUUUAAGGGACAUCUCACUGUUGAAUUUCAGCUUGGGCUUUAAAUCACCUUGCUUUCUUCACAGACAUUCGGUUAAAAAAGAAAAAGGGGAAGAAAGUCUUAAUAUUGAUGGGUAGUGGCAGGAUUCUGUGGCAUUUUGGAUGUGUUCCAGUAAAUGUAUGGAUGCCUUUCAUAGGGAACCUGGGUUGUGUUCAGCAUGCCCUCCUCCAGCAGUUGGACUUUCGGCCCUGGCUCCAAAGAUCUUUUGAAAGACAGGAAGCUCACCAAAAUAUUUGACCAGAAUUAGUCUAUGUUAGCAGUGACACUUGCUUAUUAUGACAUACAAUUAAAUUGCAUAAGUAUAAAAUUUUGUAAAACAGCCCUCUUGCAAUUUGCAGAGGGAAAGGAGCAGGCAGGAGAUAACUAUGAAUGUGGCCAUGCCCCCUCUCUUCUGGAGCUUACAAUCCAGUGGUGGAAGAACAUAAAAAUAUGUAAGUGGUCCACAAAAUAAAGUGCAUUUGAAGAUUGAAUGUCUGAAAGCAGAAGGGAGGUCUCUUUCUAGAUAGCUGAGAGUCACUAAUUACAAAAUCCCUUAAUACAAUUUCUUCUGUGUCAGGUGCCCCCUGCCAGAAGUGAGAAACCACCCUACAGAGUUUGACGUCUACAGACAGCUUUCGCCCUUAGCUGCCAACAGAAUAGCUAUUCAUGGAGGGAGUCAAGCGAGAACUAGGGCUCCCUACUCAAGUCCCUCCUUUGGUUCUUCUCGAAUUACAGAGAAGGCCAAUGACAAUGACACCUGAUCUUUAAACCUGAUAAAGUCUUGACCUAAGGGGACUCAGUACUUUUACCAACACAGCUGGAAGAGACCCCCAGGUCCUCAAUAUGAUCACCACCACUUAUCCUCUCCACUUCCUGUUUAGUUGUCUGGCUGCCAUCCAUUGCCCCCGUUCCUCCAUAACCUCUAGAACUUCCCCUGCUACUGUGGAUGAAUCCAAAGUGUGGGAGGCACAGGAGAGGGGAUUGGCAAGGCACACUCAUCUCGGAUGGUAGUUCUAAAUGAUCCCGCAAGCUCUCAGAACCCCUUCACUCCAGAGGGGGCAGCGCUGUGCUUCUUCAGGGUAAGUGGCAGCCACACAGCCUCCAACCCCUGCCUGUGGUCUUUCUUCCACCUCUCCCACGGACUCCUGGUCUCCUCUCUCAGCGGCCACUGCUCUCAGGCAGAACCAGAGCUGGAAACUACCUGAUCUAGGAAAGCCUGACUUCUUCCCAGCAAACGAGGGUUAGGGUGUGGAUGUGCAGCAGUGUGUGAUGAAAGUGCAGAUUAUUUGGAAUUGGGGGUCCAACCUUAUGAGGUUAUGUGUUAGGUACUUAUGUGUCAAGUACUGGGGAAUAGAUGUGAAAGGAGAGGAGAGUGAGAUUAAUUCUGACUCCAGAAACAGCUUCAUGGAGGCAUUUUCUUCCUUCCCUCCUUCAGUACUAUGGGCCAGGUUUCGUGUUAGGCACGAGUAAUACAACAGUGACCAAGACACACCUGAUCUCCAACCCUGUGGAACUGAUUCUGACUUCGGGCAAGCUGCCUUAGCCUCUCUGUGCCUCACUCUCUUUCUCUGAAAAUUGGGAUGAUGGUGAUGAUAAUAAUAGUAAUAACAAUACUAAUCUCCUAGAGUGGUUGAACAGAAUGAAAUGAGUGAAAAUGGGGAAGGCACCUAGCAAAGGCCCUGGCGCAUUGGCUGCUGUGUAAGUAUCACCGCUAUUUUUAUAGUCUAGUUGGGAAGAGCGACCUGUGAAGCAAAGCCAGAAUUUGAAGGUAGAAGAGUGGGCUGGCUGGAGACCAUGAGAGUCACAGGCUGGACAAAGCACAGAGGAAGAGCAGAUAACCCUAACCCGAGUAAGCAGAGCACAGUGGAUGGUGGGUUUGAUGGGAAGAAUGUUGGGAAUGAAGGCUGGACCAGGAAGGUUGGGCUUUGCUCAAAGAAAGCCUUGCAUAUCACACUAAAGGGGCAGCGCUCCGUUCAGCAAGAGAGCCGGGUAUUUUGGUAAGGAAGAGCAAGGACCAGCGGAAUCUCCAAGAUCAACCCCAAGGGUGCCAGGCGCUGCGACUGGCUUGGAAUCAGACCGUGGUGCGAUCUGCAUGCACGGAGGGGGCAGCGGGCAGACAUUACUAUGCCAGCCGGUGCCCCUCUAUCUGAGGAAAUCCGUGCCCCGAUGUUAGCUCAGAUUGUCAGCUUCCUCGGAGAGUGCCGUAGGGUUGCCAGCAAGCAGCCGGGGACUGGAAGGUGAGGUGUCUCGGCGAAGUCUUAUUAAACUCUCAGCUGCCUGGGAAUAACGCGCCACAGCAGCAGAGUUUUAAAUGGCAAAGGGUCUCUGGCUAUCAGAAAGGUUACAGGUAGAUACUUUCAUUUGUCCUCCAUGAAAGCUUAAUAUCAUUCUCCUCUGUUCAAGUCAACUUAUAGACCUCAUUACUUCAAGUUCAUCGGGUGGCUAGCGCAGACUUUUUGAUUUUACUGUGCUUUCAGAAUUGUGUUGGAGAAGAGCUAAUGCAUUUUUAACCAACUUCAGCAAUCUGAAGCUCUUUGGGGCUGUAGCGUUUUAAUACGAUUGUUGCUAACUCUCUGAGAGUGGUAUCUAUCUGUGUCAAGAGAAAUUCUCAUUAUUGCGGGGUGAGCUCCAGGAGGUGGGGGCUCCGUGUCCUUCCACUCGUGACCCACCCAGACCAUGGCAUAGUGCCUUGCGUGGGUUAGAACACCAGUUCUAUUUUGAUAUUGAUUUAAAACUUUCUGCCAGU